UUCAACAUAAAACACACCAUAGUGAUUGACUUCAUUUCAAUAAGCAUUUUGGAGGGUGCACGGUCUGCUCAUUCGUCCUGUUAAUUUUUUUUUCUUCGAUUUAUAACGUGUGUAGCUUUUACCGCCGUAAUAUUAUUUGAAAAAAAAAAAGAACUAAAAUCCCACGUAAAUAAACUUAUUCUUGGGAUAUCGAAUUGUUUGUAUUCGUCUAGAUUUUUUAAGUGUUCAAAUUGGGUUGAAGCCGUCGACAAACGUCAGAUAACUAUUCAUUUCGUCGUUACAAUGUCGGUCGAAAAAGAUAUAAUUAAGAUACAGAACAAACUUCAAAACAUGUCUGACGAAAAUGCUGAUCAAAGUCAAGCUCUGGACUUGUUGAAAGCCCUUAAGGACCUGCCUAUCACAUUGGACAUACUUACCAAAACUCGUGUGGGUAUGACUGUCAAUUCGUUCCGAAAGAGCUGCAAAGAUGAAGAAGUAAUAACUUUUUCAAAAGCUUUGAUUAAAAAUUGGAAAAAGUUGUUGAGUGGAGACAAGUCUGUACCCAAUGAACCAAAAAAAGAUAAAAAAGAGCGCAAAAAAUCAGAAGAAAAAGAACAAAAAGUAGACACGAAGAAAGAUGCACCAAAACCUAAACCAGUAGUAUUCCCUACGCCAUCAACAACAGAUGCAGUUCGUAUUAAAUGCCGUGAUUUACUAAUAAGUUCAUUGAAAACUGAAGAUGAAUUCGGUGGUUGCGCAUCAAUUGAAGAACUCGCUGAUGAACUAGAAGAUGCUAUUUACUCGGAGUUUAAAAACACUGAUGCUCGCUAUAAAAACAGAAUAAGAAGUAGAUAUGCAAAUUUAAAAGAUGCUAAAAACCCACAACUUAGAAGUAACUUCAUUGCUGGAGCUAUUACUCCUGCUCAAUUAGCUAAAAUGACUGCUGAAGAAAUGGCCAGUGACGAAAUGAAAACUUUGAGAAAUAAACUUAUCAAAGAAUCUAUUGAUGACGCUCAACUGGCAACUGUACAGGGAACUAAAACUGACUUAUUGAAGUGUGGUAAAUGUAAGAAACGAAAUUGUACAUACAACCAAAUUCAAACAAGAAGUGCUGAUGAACCAAUGACAACAUUUGUUAUGUGUAAUGAAUGUGGUAACAGAUGGAAAUUUUGUUAGAUUAAUUAUACUUCUAAUUUAUUUUGGUCUUAAUUAGACACCUAAGAUGUAUAAUAACUGUAAUUUUCUCUUCAUUUUUUACAUGAAAAAAUUUUAAUUGAUUUGCCUACAAUUGCGUUAUUCACUAAUAGAAAUAUUUUUAGUAUUUAAAG